AUGGCCUUUCUCCGUGUGUUCCAGCUUCUUCUCUCUACAUGCUGUCUUGUCACUGCCCAGUUAAGCACUUCGAACCAGGGAGCGACAAGCGGCUCGAGCUUGCCGACCCCGACGUACUCGAUCGGUACCGCAACCAUUAACGGAACGGCUACGACAUAUAGCGUAGCAUUCACCGUCCCUGCUGCCGUUGAUGUCGGGCCAAAUGUACUCCCCAACGUCAAGAAUUCCACCGCAAAGCAAGCCCAGGUUCUCUGCCCCGGCUACAAAGCCAGCAAUGUGCAAAGGACCGCAUACGGGCUUACAGCUACUCUUGCCCUUGCGGGACAGGCAUGCAAUGUCUACGGGACCGACAUCGAGACGCUCGCGCUGGAGGUGGACGUGCAGUCCGCCGACCGUCUCCACGUCUCUAUCCAGCCAGCAUAUCUCAGCAGCAGUAACAUAAGCCAGUACAUCCUGUCGCCCGAACUUGUCAACCUGCCGUCACAAGCAGCAGCGGAUGUAGACACACAAGACAUUGACCUCCAAUUCGUCUGGUCGAAUGAGCCUACCUUCUCCUUCACGAUUCUGCGAAAGUCAACUGGCGACGUGCUAUUUGACACGAGAGGGAGCGUCCUAGUGUAUGAAAAUCAGUUCAUCGAGUUCGUGUCACAGCUGCCGCAGAACUACAACUUAUAUGGCUUGGGUGAGCGGAUACACAGUCUCCGCCUUGGCAACAACUUCACUGCAACUUUUUAUGCGGCCGAUGCUGGUAACCCUCCGGAUUAUGGGCUUUAUGGAAGCCAUCCGUUCUAUCUCGAUACCCGGUACUACGAAGUGUCUGCGACGGGUCAGCGUACGCUCGUCACUACCCAGAACACAACAGCAAAUGGAACCUACGAGAGCUUGAGCCACGGCGUAUAUUUAAGGAACUCACAUGGUCUGGAGGCUCUUCUUCUCCCCACCAACUUGACCUGGCGCACUCUUGGCGGUUCUAUCGAUCUGUAUGUGUUCGACGGGCCGACCGCGGAAGCCGUGACCCAGCAAUACCACACCGGUGCGACUGGGCUGCCUGCAAUGCAGCAGUACUUCACUUUCGGUUUCCACCAAUGCCGGUGGGGGUACAAGAACUGGUCAAUGGUGCAAGAUGUGGUGAACAACUACCGUGCUUUCGACAUCCCGUUGGAGACUGUUUGGAAUGACAUAGACUACAUGUUCCAAUACCGUGACUUCACGAACGAUCAGAAUACGUUCUCAUAUGCUGAGGGUGAAGCGUUUCUCGCCCAACUACAUGCAGCUGGUCAACACUACGUUCCAAUCGUUGAUUCCGCAAUCUACAUUCCCAACCCGAACAACGCUUCAGACAACUAUUCGAUCUAUACCGAUGGCAAUGACAACGGUGUAUUCCUGAGGAAUCCUGACGGAAGUCAAUAUAUUGGCAACGUCUGGCCUGGCUUUACCGUGUUUCCGGACUGGCACAGCGACCAGGCAGUACCAUGGUGGACUCGAAGCAUGCAGAGCCACCACAACAACGUACCAUGGGAUGGCAUUUGGAUCGAUAUGAGUGAAGUCUCUUCCUUCUGCAUAGGCAGCUGUGGUACCCACAACCUUUCGCUCAACCCAGUACACCCGCCCUUCGGCCUACCAGGUGAGCCUGGAAGCGUCGAUUACACGUUUCCAGAAGGGUUCAACAUCACGAAUGCUACGGAAGCCGCCGCAGCCAGUUCAGCCUCUGGUGUUCAAGCGUCUUCAGCAUCAGCCGCCUCGCCCCCAAGCACAGCUACUACGCCCUACUUCAUCAGCACGGUGACACCAGGCGUACGCAACGUCAAUCAGCCGCCAUAUGUCAUCAACAACGUUCAGGGCGACCUCGCUGUGCAUGCCGUAAGCCCAAAUGCAACGCAUAUCGACGGCGUGGAGGAGUAUGAUGUGCACAACCUGUUCGGCCAUCAGAUACUUAACGCCACAUAUCAAGCCCUCACGGAGAUCUUCCCAGGCAAAAGACCGUUCAUCAUUGGUCGCAGCACCUUCGUUGGGACAGGUGUAUGGGCUGGACAUUGGGGCGGAGACAACAACAGCUUGUUUGCUUACAUGUAUUGGUCAAUCGCACAGGCGUUGAGCUUCUCCUUGUUCGGCAUCCCAAUGUUUGGUGUAGACACUUGCGGCUUCAGCGGAAAUUCGGACGAAGAACUGUGCAACAGGUGGAUGCAGCUGUCGGCAUUUUUUCCAUUCUACCGUAAUCACAAUGUCCUCGCUGCGACCUCGCAGGAAGCAUAUGUAUGGGCAUCAGUGGCCGAAGCAUCAAGAGUUGCAAUGCGUAUCCGGUAUUCGCUGCUCCCUUACAUGUAUACUCUCUUCUACUUCGCCCAUACGACCGGCAGCACCGUAAUGCGCGCUUUAACGUGGGAGUUUCCAAAUGACCCUACCCUUGCGGCCAUUGACAAUCAAUUCCUGCUCGGACCAUCACUUCUCAUUACACCUGUCCUUGGUCAAGGCAUGACGACGGCACAUGGCGUAUUCCCUGGCGUCGCACAGGGCGAAGUCUGGUAUGACUGGUAUACACAACAGGCGGUAAACGCUUCAGCCGGAGAAAAUGUCACCAUUCCUGCGCCUCUAGGCCACAUCCCUGUAUUCGUGCGUGGGGGAUACAUCUUGCCGCAGCAGGAAGCGCUUUAUACAACCAGCGAGUGCCGCAACAGUUCCUGGUCGCUUCUUUGCGCAUUGUCCGCCGAAGGGACGGCAACGGGCUCUCUUUACGUGGAUGACGGAGAAUCAAUAGUCCCGCCUGCGACCUUGUUUGUUGACUUCACUGCCAGCAAUGGCAGUUUGUACACAUCAGCCAGGGGAACGUAUGAAGAUACAAUUUCUCUUGCGAAUGUCACAAUCAUGGGCGUCGCAACCCAACCCCGGACUGUGACCCUCAACGGACAGGAAGUCCGCAACGGCGUGAACUACAAUAGCACCAGCAAAGUUUUGUCGAUUAAGGGUCUGCAGCAGUCGACUUGUGGCGGGGCGUGGGCAUCGGACUGGGUAUUGAGCUGGAAAUAGAAUCUUGAUCACGCGCUCGAGUCAGCUUGCCCGGCGUGGGCUGCAUCUGGAAUACGCUCAUCUACUACCACUACCGUCUGAUGGCAGCAUUGUAGAGAGAAUUGCAGUUGCAUUCGGUGACAGCCGGAUCAUAGGCCCUCAGAAGCUGGUGGGCCUUUAUACGCUGCCAUGGCAUCAGCAUCUGUCUAGUCCGACAAGAUAAUGUCAAUCUUCUUACAUUUGCGUGAAUGUACGGCAUACCAUAGCAUUGCUAUGAUUCCAAAACCGACUAAGACAACGGAAGCGUAGUUCUGCUCAAUUGUCAGCACGAGC